AGGCAGAAUAAACUUCCUAGCUUAAGGAAAAUACAACAUACAUGAAGACUGCUUGCACGGAAUAGAAUGUUUUUCCAGGAAAAGACCAAUCCAAAAAGACCCAUUCACUUUUAACAAGCUGAAAAAAAGGAUUUUUACAGCUGGUCACUGGCCAUAAAGAUACAGUCCAAGGGAGAACAAGAAUAUGACUUCAGUUGGGGUGCAGAUGAUGGGCUACUUCAUGGCAGUCCUGGGUUUGAUUGGCACAAUUAUUGCUACACUACUACCUGACUGGAAGGUUAGUUCAUAUGUCGGUGCCAGUAUAGUGACUGCUGUUGGCUUUAGUAAAGGUCUGUGGAUGGAAUGUGCUAUUUUUAGCACAGGUAUCACCCAAUGUGACAUAUAUAAUUCUAUGCUUGGACUGCCGCAAGAAACUCAGGCUGCCCAGGCCCUCAUGAUCACAUCAUGUGUACUAUCUUCACUUGCCACUUUGUUCACGGUUUUUGGCAUGAAAUGUACUAUUUUUAACCAAGACAAUCCUGGUAAAGAUAAACUGGCAGUAACUGGUGGAGCUGUCUUCAUUCUGGGUGGCAUUAUUUGCCUGGUGCCCAUAUGCUGGAAUUUGCACUCUAUCCUUCAAGACUUCUACAACCCGUUGCUUCCCGAUGCCCAGAGGUAUGAGCUUGGAUCUGCCCUCUAUCUUGGCAUUGCCUCUUCAAUAUUUUCUGUACUGGGUGGUUCAAUUCUCUGUGCCUCUUGUCCACCCAAGGAGCCUGGCCAAAAUUUUUACAGUAGAUAUCAGAGCAGAGCUCUGAUGGCAGAUAAAGGACAAAAAGCUGCUAGCAUGGCGCAGACUUCUAAGAAAGAGACAAGUGGGUAUAGUCUCACCGGUUAUGUAUAAAUGAAUAAAAUAUGAUGAACAAUAGUGCUCUACUUUGGUAUGUUAAAUAUUUUAAUGUAUUCUGCUACAUAGACUAUUCAUGAGGAUAAAAAAAUUAAUGUAUUGGUAACAUAGAGAUGCAAAUUAUACAUCAGUGCAAUCUUAGACUGUGUCUAUUGGAAAGUGACCUAUGUGUUGUAUUGGACAUGGAUCAACUGCUAUGUAGUGAUAUCUUUUCUGUAUGGCUAAAAAAUAUUAGCUAUUAUUGAACAUAUUAUUCCAUUACAUAAUGAGAUUUUUUUGUCAAAAAUAAUAAGACAGAACAAAAAAUAUCCUUAAAAAAAUCUCUUUCUUUUUUUAUUUUGUGUUUACCAGUUUAAUACAAAAACUCAAAAUGCUGAUUUUUCGAAAUAUAUGUUUAAGAAAUCAAAGUCAUUUGCAAAACUGUUUCUAAUAUAUAUUGUGGUGUGUAUAGAGCAAACAAUGAUGAUAACACUUCCUAAAGCGCAAUAUAACAGAAAUAAAGGAUAGAAUAUCAAAUCAAUAUGUCUGUAAAAUAUUUCUAAUAAUGGGUAAAUGUCAAUGUCAUUUGGUUAAAUGCUUUGAACUCUUCUAUGUUGUAAUAUGAUUUGAUAUUAAAAGCAGGAUGUCCUCUAUACGAUUUAUUUUUUACUUGUUAAAGCCCUUCCUUGCUAUACAUUAUAACGUUUUUCAGAUUUAGAUUUUAAAGGGGUACUCCACCCCUAGACAUCUUAUCCCCUACCCUUUGAAUCGGGGAUAAGAUGUCUAGGGCGGAGUACCCCUUUAAGUUAUGCAUAUGUUUGUUGAACCAAUGUUUUUUUAAGCAUGUUAUCAUGUGAGUGUUUUAUAUUUAAUAGCCAAUAUGUGGCAGUAUAAUAAUGGUAAUUAAAAGGGAUGUUAAAUAUGAUUCUUAA